AUGUCCAAAACAGACGAGAAACCAAUCCCCUUCGAAGCCCUACCACUAGACCCAAAAGGCCCGGGAGGAAAUGCCUGGGGUCGCUUUGGCAAAGAUGACCAACUGGGAACAUUGAAUCUGCUCACACCCGAGCGGGUAGUUGAAGCAGCGAAAGAGAUCCGAACCGGAGUGCGCAUCUCACUCGAUUGGCCGCUGAGCAUGCCUUCGCAUCCUAGCUUUAAUCGCGAUCCAUUCAAGCAGGAGAUUGUGCUUCGGACUCCGAGUUGUAUCUUUGAUGAUAUCCUGACGUUUAAUAGCCAGGGGUCUACUCAAUGGGAUGGGUUUAGGCAUUAUGCAAAUCAAAAAUCGCGAAAAUUCUAUAAUGGACAUACCGCCGAAGAGAUUCAAGAUUCGGAUACUAUUGGCAUUCACUCUAUUUGCGAUCAUGGCGGCAUAACAGGCCGCGGCAUCCUCCUCGACUACGCAGAAUGGGCCUCUGUUCACUCAAUCUCUGUCUCAGCCCUCACAUCCGAAGCGAUAACCCUAGAAAGCCUCCAAAAAGUAGCAAAAGACCACAACGUGACCUUCCAAAAGGGAGACAUCCUCUUCAUCCGCGGCGGUUUCACAGAAGCAUACAACAGACUAAACGAUGGCCAGCGGAGGGAACUGGCAUUGCGCCCAUCACCGGAUUUCAGUGGCGUCGAGGCUACGGAGGGCAUGGUGCGUUGGUUGUGGGAGAAGCAGUUUGCUGCUGUUGCAGGUGAUGCGCCUAGUUUUGAGCGAGCGCCUAUCCGGGGUGCGCAUGCUGAUAAGGAGUUUAAUUUGCAUGAGUGGAUUCUUGCCGGUUGGGGAACCCCCAUUGGGGAAAUGUUUGAUUUGGAGAAUUUGUCUAGGCAUUGUAAGGAGGUUGGGCGGUAUAGUUUCUUUUUGUCGAGUAUGCCGCUUAAGGUUGUUGGUGGUGUUGCUAGCCCGCCUAAUGCUUUUGCUAUUUUCUGA